UGCUGGAGUUAGCAGCAGUUCCCUAACAAGUAUUUCUGCAACAAGAUCUUGCCAUAUUUAUUCUCAACAAUGAGCUAAUUGGAUCAAAGGCAAAAUAUAUGUUCUAAGAGCCUAACCAGUUCACCCCAGCACCAAAAGUCUGUUUAUGUUGGACUUGCAUAGAGGUGGGACUUAGUUGCAGAAUCUGUUGAUUACUUCAGUACACAAGUGUUGUAAUUUCUGUCCCACUGCAGAACAGAGCAAGGACUCUUGCAUUGGUGGUAGGUCUCUUAUAAAAAGAGGAAAGCUUUAGCUAGUUACCAGCUGUGAAAUCUGACAAGCAGUAGGCUCUCUAAGCGGCUCCGGAAAGGUAGGGGUAUACAUUUUACAACCUUCUAGGCAUAUCCUUCUUGAGGAAAGGCAGGGAACAAGCUGAGCAAGAAGAGGGACCGCAGAAUAUUGAAUGGAAGCUUAUAUAUAAUAAUUGGCCCUUUCAAUCUUUGAAAAGAUGCAAGCACAGGAAAUCUUGAGGACCCUGCGGCUGCCCGAGUUUGACAGCUUCAGCCAGUUUUUCCACAGCUUGCCAGCUACCACCUUAGUUGGCAUUGGUGCCUUUGCAGCUAUGAUCACAUACUGGUUUGCUAGCCGGCCAAAGGCUUUGAAGCCCCCAUGUGACCUCUUGAUGCAGACAGAAGAAGUUGCGGGCUGGGAAGGAGCUCGGCGGUCCAUGCUAGGUGACAGCCGAGAAUUAUUAUCUAACUACUAUGAUGAUGUAAGGACAAUGUAUGAAGUAUUUAGAAGGGGAUUUAACAUAUCUGAGAAUGGCCCCUGCGUAGGAUUCAGAAAGCCCAAGCAGCCUUACCAAUGGUUGUCGUAUAAAGAGGUCUUUGAAAGAGCAGAAGCUUUAGGAUCAGGGUUACUCCAACAGGGAUGUAAACAAUCAACAAGUCAGUUUAUUGGGAUCUUUGCACAAAAUCGUCCAGAGUGGAUCAUUUCUGAGCUGGGUUGUUAUACCUAUUCUAUGGUGGUGGUCCCCCUGUAUGACACAUUAGGCCAUGGAGCCAUUCGUUACAUUAUCAACACAGCUGAUAUUUCCACAGUAAUCUGUGACAAACCAGAAAAAGCCAGAAUCCUCCUGGAUCACGUGGAGAAAAGAGAAAUGCCAAGCUUAAAGUCUAUUAUUCUGAUGGACCCUUUUGAGAAGGACCUAAAGGAAAGAGGGCAAAGAUGUGGUGUUCAGGUCCAAUCCAUGCAGGAAAUAGAGGCUUGUGGCCGUGAGAGUCGGCGUGUCCCUGUGCCUCCUCGACCAGAAGAUCUGUCAAUUGUCUGUUUUACUAGUGGCACUACAGGGAACCCCAAAGGUGCUAUGCUGACUCACAGGAAUAUGAUUGCUGAUUUGUCAGGCUUUCUGAAAGUGACAGAGAGUCAGUGGGCUCCUUCUUGUGAGGAUAUAUACAUUUCCUAUUUGCCUUUAGCACACAUAUUUGAGGAAAUGGUACAGUCUAUCAUAUAUUGCCAUGGGGGACGAAUUGGAUUCUUUCAAGGAGAUAUCCGUCUCUUAUCGGAUGAUAUGAAAGCAUUGCGUCCAACCGUUUUCCCUGUUGUACCUCGAUUAUUAAAUAGAAUGUAUGAUAAGAUCUUUAGCCAAGCAGAUACUCCAUUGAAACGUUGGCUUCUGGAAUUUGCUGCAGAACGUAAAAACGCUGAAGUCCAAAGUGGAAUCAUUAGAAAUGACAGUUUAUGGGAUAAACUAUUUUUUAAUAAAAUCCAGGCAAGCCUUGGUGGGUGUGUUAGGAUGAUUAUAACGGGAGCUGCCCCUGCUUCUCCAACUGUUCUGGGGUUCCUUCGGGCAGCACUUGGAUGUCAGAUUUAUGAAGGUUACGGUCAAACAGAGUGCACAGCAGGAUGUACCUUUACCACUCCAGGUGACUGGACUUCAGGUCACGUAGGAGCUCCUCUGCCCUGCAAUUUAAUCAAACUGAUGGAUGUGGAAGAGAUGAAUUAUUUUGCUUUGAAAGGAGAAGGAGAGAUAUGUGUGAAAGGACCCAAUGUUUUCAAAGGUUAUCUAAAAGAUGACGAGAGGACAGCUGAAGUGCUGGAUAAAGAAGGCUGGCUUCAUACUGGAGACAUUGGGAAAUGGUUACCUAGUGGGACACUGAAAAUUAUUGAUCGGAAAAAGCAUAUAUUUAAACUUGCUCAGGGAGAAUAUAUUGCACCUGAAAAGAUUGAGAAUAUCUACAUCCGCAGUGAGCCUAUUGCCCAGAUAUAUGUGCAUGGAGACAGCUUACAGGCCUUCUUGGUGGGAAUUGUUGUACCUGAUUCUGAAGUCAUGCCAGGCUGGGCAAAGAAAAGAGGGUUUGAGGGAACAUAUGCAGAGCUCUGUAAAAACAUGGAGCUGACACAAGCAAUAAUGGAAGAUAUGGUGCGGCUAGGGAAGGAGGGUGGACUUCAUUCUUUUGAGCAGGUCAAAGCCAUUUACAUCCACUCUGAUCUAUUCUCAGUACAAAAUGGCUUGCUGACACCAACGCUAAAGGCUAGGAGACGAGAGCUAAGAGAUUACUUCAAAAAACAAAUAGAAGAGCUUUAUUCAAGUGUCUCCAUGUGAAGCGGCAGGAAAAUUCUUCUGAAUAAUGUACUUUGUAGCAAUAUUAAAGUACAUACUCAAAAGUACAGAGCCAGAAUGACACAGUUGAAAUGAAUAAGCAUCUGACCUUAUGUCUGAACCUUUUGUUGUUCCAAGACCUCAUCACUGAUAUAACAGUAAAUUUCCUUUUUCAUCAGCUGUAGUACCUUAUCUUUUUACAGUCUGUACGCUAUAGGAGACUACUGAAAACUACGCUACAUAUCCAUAUAAAGAUACAUAAAUUCCAGCACAACUUAAAGUAUAUCAUGGAAGGUUAUAUUAUUAUUAAUGCCCCCAAACAGUAUUGAUUACACAUCAGGAAAAAGGUAUGUGAUAUAUCUGUUGAUAUGAUUGUAUAUAACAUUAUAGAUUAUGACUAAAAUCCUGGAUAAUUCAAUAAUGUGGUCUACCUCAAACAUUCAAAGGCUGAUAAUUAAAAUCAUAACUAAAUCUGUUUUCCCUAACCUAGAACUUCAAGUUAGAUCUUUGGUCGUUUUGUUUUGUGUUUUUUUUAAGUGACAGCUUUUAUACUCUGCAAGACAUAAAUUCCAUUGACUUUAUGUAAUCAUCAAAGACCUGACUAACAGAGAACAAGGAAUAAAUUUCCUGAUUUCAUUUGUAUGUAAUAUGCCCAUCAGCAUAUUAGGCGUAAUGCAAAAAGCCAGAUUAAUACCACUUCGUAAUUGCAAAAAUAUUUUAGGAAGUUAUACAAUUCCCUGUAUUUCUUUUUUUCAAUGCAUCUGAACUCAGUUUAUAGCGUGGCAGAUAGAUCUUCCUUGAGAUGCUGACUCAGCACAGUAUGCCCAUGGGCUCACAAACGCGCAAGCUGGGAAGAAUGUGGAAGCAUUGGUGGCUCUGUGGCAGACUGAUCUAUUCACAAGGGUCAGCUUUCUGUGGGAGCUACAAAAUAAAAAGCUUCACAAGAGGAGGAGAACUAGUGUAAAUGAGCCCUCACCAUCCUAUACACUCCUGAUUCUUAAUUUAUUGCUUCACAUGGUGCUAGUGCUGUGCAGUCCGGCCAGAUUAACUCCCUGGCACAGCUGCCGGCAGAGGAAUGGAGCUCUGGCCCAAUGUAUGAACUAUAAUUGUGAACAGUGUUCAGUAAAACAAAUUUACUUGCUAGAAAUGAUGGCAUCAUAUCCCCAUUGCUGUAGCGCAAUGGUAAAGGGCCUCCCUUGUGUUGCUGGAGUGUUACUCCUGAGUGCCCAUGUUGCUGAGGGGGAAGCUUCCUUGACGGUUUUCCUUCCCACCACCAUGGUGAGAUGGCAUGGUGGGAGGUAAGGUUACCACCUGGCUGGUAUUUGACCGGCCUGGCCAGUUUUUUUAUGGAUUUACCAGAAAAAUACUUUAGUCUGCCAGCUUGUUUUUUUUAAUGUGGGCCUAAGGAUUUGCAUUAUUAUCAUAAUACACUUGGAUAUCUAAUGUCAAAAGUCGGUGUCCAGUUAAAGAUGCUGCGGUGUUCCCACUUCUGCAGUUUAAGCGAUAACCGCUCAAAAUUGGUGUUUGAAAAUACAGUAGCUGUCUGCCCACCAACAGGCAAGUGCAGCAUGCAUGUGUGUGAGAGAGGGAUUGAGUCAUAAGAGAGUGAUAGUAUCAUGUGUUAUCUUUAGGGUGACCAUAUUUCCCAAGGGGAAAAUGGGACACCCCCAGCCGCUUACUCGAGGUGCCGCCCCUCCUGGAACGAGGCCAAUGCCGGUCACUGGAACCCUGCCACUCCCCCCUUCCCUCCCCAUGCAAGGCUGUUGCUGGUCACCUGAACCCUGCCCCCUCCACAAGGUUGUUGCCCGGUUGCUGGAACCCUCCUGUAUCCCUGCAUGCUGGAAUGCUUCCCUUCCCCCUCCCCCUUGCAUGGGGCUGGCAUCUCUACUCGCCUCCCCCGCAUGGUCCUCCACAUCGCAACCCGCUUUUCUGCAAAAGUGGGCAUUUGUCCUGAUUGCUCUUGCCAACUGAUCAAGUUGGCAAGAACAAACGGGACAAAUGCCCACUUUUGAGCAAAAAAAAAAAAAAAAGUCAGGACGGUCAGGACAGGGCUUAAAAAAGGGACUGUCCCGGCCAAAACGGGACGUAUGGUCACCCCAGUUUUCUCUCUAGAUAUUACAGGUGGCUGUUUGAAGGGGAGGAGGGUUGCAGAGUUACCUUAUGGUUGGGGUUGCAGCAGGCUUGGUGGGUGGUAGUGGGGGGAAGGUACUGGGUUUUUUUGCAUUUCAAAAGUGGUAACCCUAGUGGGAGGGGGCACAGGUUUCUUUCUUUUUCUUUCUGAUGAGUCUUGGAAAUUGAGCUAGGGAAAGAUUGAUCUUUGUGCUACAACCACUUUAAAAUUUGUCACUGACUGAAUCAAGAUCUAUCAAAGAAGGACCUUCCCUAUAUUUUGGACAUUUGCACAGCUCUAAUACAAUUCCAUGAUCUAAAUUACCAUAUAAAGCCGUUGGUCUGGAUAAAGCCUUAGCCUUCACUGUGGCAAAGGGGAAGCCGCUAGAAAGGCAAUAUCUCCCCAGUGGAAUAGGAGCAGACUCUGGAACUACAUGCUCAAACUGCAUGGUGUUAAAAGCUGCAGGCCUACACCAUUCAAGGAACCUGAGGACACUCCAUGAGCCAACAGCCUUGGUGGCUUCUUCCAGCUGAACAGGGUCCUAAAUUAUUUUUUUUAAUAACUGCUAUUAGUUACGCCAAUCCACACACUCGCAUGGGGCUGCUAGAUGACCUGGUUUGCUAGGGCAGUAAAUACAAACUUAUUUUUCUGUCUGAGACAAGUCCAUCAUUACUUUUCAUACUAAAAAGCCUAAAUUAAAUUAUUAAUCUAAACUGUCAUAUACCUUCCUUCUGAAAUUCCAUUGCAUGCUUUAAAAGAAAUGAAAUAAUUGAACUAAUGAGCUAGUUUUAUGCAGAGCCUGUUCUAUUAAAGAGAUUUCAGAGCAAACAGCUAAAACUACACAGGCGACUGCGUCUGUUACAUAAUCUCACUUGUACAGCACUUGUUUAUCUGAUUUAUCAAAUGUGCAUUCUAUGGGCCUGAUUCUUCAUUGCCCUGCAUCUUGUAUAGUCCUUUCCAUCAGUACAAAAUUGGUGUAAAACACAACCAUUAUAAUCUGGUAGUGUUUUACACUCAUGUUACACUGAUAUAAAUGACUAUCCACAGUGCAAAGCAUCAGGUGCGAUACCUUUUUUCUCCUUUAAGCAAAUAUGAUCUACUUUAGGAACCAGUAACUAGUUCCUUAAAUAAACAGGUUUCAGAGUAGCAGCCGUGUUAGUCUGUAUCCGCAAAAAGAAAAGGAGGACUUGUGGCACCUUAGAGACUAACAUUUAUUUGAGCAUAAGCUUUCGUGAGCUACAGCUCACUUCAUCGGAUGCAAAGAAACAAAGAAGACACACGAUAGAACUCACACAGCACUGAGUCCUAACCUUACAGGACGGGCAAUAUGUGUAAUUAAGUAAUGCGGUAUUGAAGGGCAAAUAAAUGUUCAGGAUGAAAUACUUGAUUCUACAGUGUACAUUAUAGAGAAGAAGUGGUAAUUCCUUUGCUGCUAAAGUAUGCUUUUACAGUACAUUAUGCAAUUGCUACUAUCUCAGCAACAGUAAGGUCCAGUGUCAUUACUGCCUUGGGUAUGAUUUUGCUGCAUAUAACAAAGUAAUUUUUCUUUAAUAAUUCUUCUAGAAUGAAACAAAUUGAGUUAAUUUCUUUUCCAUGUGUGAAAAGCACAAACUUGUGAUCUAUAUGUAAAUAAACUAUGAUAAGAUGAAUGUAAAUUCAGAAAGAAUACACUAUUUUUGCAUGACAACAGACCACUUAAAGAUGUGUUGAUGUCUCACAGAAAACUUUAAAAAACAUUUUGAGGGGCAAUUCUAUCUAAAUUCUGCAUUUCUCUUGUUCUGUUGUUAUAAGGGAAUGGAUAUAUGAAAACAGGAUCUUUGUUGCUUUUUGGAGUUCUCCUGUGCCUCUUUUCCUAGGGUUCCAUUUCUGCAAGAGGUAGAGUAUCUAUUGUCAGCUGUUAAGCUGUCUUUGCUCCUGUUUGGAAAUUGAGGGCACUCAGCAUUCAUUUUGGAGAAGGUACUAAAGCACUAUCAGGCCCAUGUUCCUUAAUUAAAAAAUUAUUACUGGCGUAAACGGGCACAACUCCACUGACUCCAAUGAAAUUAUGUAUUACACCCGCAGUAAUUUAGGCCAAGCGAGUGUCUGUGAAUCACAAUUAGUUGCUAUAAUUAUGAUGUCACACAGAUCAUUGUAUUUUAAAAUAAAGAAUUAACAAGAGGAGAUUAAUUUUUAAGGAAUAAGCUCCCAGAUGAAAUUCUGGCCCCACUGAAAUCAAUGGGAGUUUUAACACUAACUUCAGUGAAGCCAGGAUUUCAUUCCUAUCUUUAAGCCAAAGCCUUUAACAUUCAACAGAGAGGGGAGAACACCAGAAAAUUGUACCUAAGUGGAACUGUUCCUAAAUAGAAUGUUUUCCAUGAGACAUCAGAGCCUCUUUAAACCCUGCACUUUAAUAUACCAUUUUGUUAUGCAUUUAAAAAAACGUAACUGCAACAAACACACAAAUAAAUCAGACAUUUUCCUAACUGUUGCUUAUUCGAUUUUCAACUGAAAUGAAGGGAUUAAAAUCUAUUACUUAUAAAUAUGUGUAAAAAGGCAUCUUAACUGUAGCAAAAGAUUUUUCAGUUUGGGUAUAUUAGCAUGUAUAUCAAAAAUAUAAAAAGCAUCUAUGUAAACUUUUGUAAAGAACUAAACUGUCACAUUUCUCAAAAUUGCUCAUAAAAUAUUCUUGUGCAUUGAUUUACAAUAAAAUCUUUUAUAAAAUCUUAUUCCAACACUCUGUCCACAUGAUCAGAAAACAGUCAUUCAGAAUGUGUGCCUACACUAAACAUACGGAAAAAAACCAGUGAGCAAAGGAAUAUUGGAACCUGAGAUCAAUGUUAGCAAUCUUUAAUGAACUGGUUGUUUCAAAUUUCUCUGAAGAUGGCCAUACAGCAGCCUUUCUGUAAUGGUUUCAGCUCACUGUUGUUUUAAAACAAACAAAAAAAUAACCAAAUGUGUAAGCUUGUUUAAUAGAAUUAACUACUGGGAAUGCAUAGUAUUUUUUCAGAACUUGUGCUUAAAACAAUAAAGUUUCAAAUUAUUCA